AUGGCUGCCUCAAGAUUCAUCUGCGCCAACUGGGCUAAUGCCCACAACUCCGACUGCAGCAAAGAAGGCAGAUCCGCUUGUGAAAAAUGCCUUCUUGUCGCGUACUGCGGUCGCUCAUGCCAAACAGCCCACUGGCCUCAGCACAGACUCGAUUGUCGCUCCCCCCUCAACGAGACAACCUGGCUGCCAGACUGGGCCCAGGGGCAGCGAGUACCUUCGUUUGUGGGCAGAGGCGUGUCACCUGGAGGGACCAAGUAUUUCUGGGGCGAUGUGCCCGCAAUCGACGUUGUUCAGCUUGACCGCAAUGAAGGGGAUGGUUACGCCGAUGAGCUGCGACUGUUGUUCCCCGCUUCAAUGGACCUCCGAAACAUCGUCAAGACCAUUGCCCAGCUUCCCGCCAGAUACAAGAAGCCUAUCGAAAUCACUAUCAAUAAUUCAGACAUCGAUAUCGUCGCACGCAAUGUGAUUCUACUCCUAGUUUCUGUCAGUGUCCAAAACGUUAGCAAAGCCGUCGACUGCAUCAUCCACCUCUGGUACUCUGCUCUCAUACGAGAGUCAGACCUGGAUAUUCUCCGGACCCAGAUUCGGCCCCUCAUCGAACCGGUCUGCAAGAAUAUUGAGGAACGCAAGUUCGAGGGUUUCGUUAAACAGACGUUCAACUUUGGUCAGCGCUCUUUCACGAUAGUACUUCAUUCCUUGUCUUGGAAACACGUACUGUCUUGCCUGGAUGUACCAGCUGGCUUAACUGCUGAGCGGGCCCGAGAAGUUCGUAGAGCAGUCACCAUCGGUGGACUCCCUAGGGACAAUCAGCAACUAUUUUUGUACUGCCAGGGUCCUUCUCAACGACUGGCGCACGAGAAGUUUCGCGACGACGGCCUGCUCCUCCCAUUUGAGUAUCCUCGUCAUGAGUUCCGAUUCCCCAACCCGACAAUAUUCCAAGGUCAUAUCUUGUGGCGCCUGAAACCUGAUGCGGAUCCCCUUUGUUCGUGGUCGUCUGAGGAAGUCGCUACUAUGCACAUGGGGCCUGUAACAGCAGACUUACACGGCAGGCUCUUCUUCUAUCUACGCGAAACGCUCCGCGCGUUCGUCCUCCGACUAAGGAAUACGAAGGUAUCGUGGAAAAUUUAUCAGCUCACUACUAUGGACCUGAUUGGUAAACUUAGCCCAGACUCAUUCACUAGAAUUGAGGCAGCGAACCUCAUCGGCCCAGACUAUUAUGGCGUCAACAGAACCCUAGUCAUCAUGACUGACUUGCUUCAACCGCCAACCGAGAACCCGCAUGCAACUCUAGUGACCUUUUUCCCGCAUGCCGUCGAAGACAAUUUGACAGACGCAGACAACCUUCAAAACCCCGGUCCGCGAAGUGACGCAAUUAGGCGGGCCGUUCAAACCUACCUGCCCUUUACACGUCUUCCAACCUCGGAAAACGAUCCUGAUAUUCUUAGACGCCAGAUUGCCUUGAAGGUCAUUGCUACCUGGGAUCAUGUCUGGGAUCGGGUCGUAAUAAGGCACCAACUUCGCGAAGCCGCUGCAUUUCUCGGCGUUAAAAUGAAAGACGAGCACACCAUUGUCGAGCAGUGGCCGCAGCAGCUGAAACUCCGUCCUGGCCAGCCAGGCGCCAAGGAGGAGUUUGAACGGCAUUUGGCCGAUGGUAUUUCUAACAAGCUACGCUACGUUGAAUGGGUACGAGUUCAUCCUCAAGAUGUCACUUCUCACCCUGAGCUCGAUGGUACUCGGCUAGCUGCUGAGCUCCGCCGGCUUCAGGAGAUUGUGAGGGCGAAGAGAAGCCUGACUUAG